GGGUGUAUGCUUAGCUGCAGUUUGUUAUUAAUUAUCUUUAAAGCAAAACAAUGGAUAAUUCGAAUGGAAUACACUAUAUUGAGCUAUCACCAAAUCCCAUACGCUUCGAUGCUGUGAGCCAGCUAACAAAUGUAUUUUUCGAUGACUCUAACAAGCAGAUAUUUGCUGUUCGAUCUGGAGGAGCUACAGGGGUGGUGGUCAAAGGACCCGGCUCCACCGAGGACACAGUCAUCUCCUUUUGCAUGAGCGACCGUGGUGGUGCUAUUCGUUCCAUUAAAUUCUCACCGGAUAAUCAAAUCCUUGCUGUUCAGCGAAAGGAAAAUGCUGUGGAGUUUAUAUGUUUCCAGGGGGAUCAACCCCUGCUACAGGAGAUCAUAACCCACCAGGUGAAGACCAUUAUCCAUGGCUUCGUGUGGGUCCACAACAGGGAAGUGGCCUUGAUUUCCAAUACGAGCGUGGAGGUUUAUACUGUGGUGCCGGAAAAGCGACAAGUGCGGUCUGUAAAAUCCCUAAGCAUCGGUAUUAAAUGGUUCGCCUGGUGCUGCGAUGCCAAUGUGGCUCUGCUCUGCACCAGCGAGGGAAACUCCCUGAUUCCAGUCCUGGUCAAACAGAAGGUGAUCACAAAGCUGCCCAAAGUGGACUUAGGCAGUCCAAGUCGCGAUGUCCAGGAGAGCAAGGUAACUCUGGGUCAAGUGUACGGUGUCUUGGCGGUUCUUAUUUUGCAGUCGAAUAGCAGCUCUGGACUGAUGGAAGUAGAGGUGCACUUACUAAAUGGACCCGGUUUGGCUCCACGCAAGUGCCACGUCCUUCGCUUGAGCCUGGUGGGACGCUUUGCCAUCAACACAGUAGACAAUCUGAUUGUUGUGCACCAUCAGGCCUCUGGAACUUCGCUGCUCUUCGAUAUUUCCCUUCCCGGGGAGGUGAUCGAUGAAAUAACCUAUCAUACUCCCAUAACACCAGGUCGAUCGAUCAAACCUUUCGGCUUAAAGCUGCCGUCUCUGUCGCCCGAUGGACAAAUCUUGCAGUGCGAGUUGUAUUCCACUCACUGGGUGCUGUUCCAGCCAAACAUUGUUAUUGAUGCCAAGUUGGGUUGCAUGUGGUUUUUAAACCUUUGCAUCGAACCCUUGUGCCAACUAAUAUGUGAUCGCAUUCGGCUCACAGAGUUUCUGCUGCAGCGCAGCAGUGGCAAACAGGUGCUAUUAAAAGUCGUGGGACAGCUAGUUGAUGAUCAAUACAAAGGAACACUGCUGCCAGUUUUGGAGACAAUAUUCAGCCGGAUCAACAAAGUAUAUGCUUCCUGGGUGCAGUUGGAGCUGCAAAAUCAAACCGCUCAGCCCUCGAAUGUAAAGACUUCCACUCUGAAACAAAGUACACCACCCAUUGUGCUUAUAGAGCAGUUGGAUAUGGUGCAAAUUUUCCAGCGCAUUGCCCGUCGUCCUUAUACGGAAGCUAUUUUAAUGCUUUAUCUCCAAUCCUUAAAUAAGUAUAACAUUGCUGCCCAGGAGGAGUUGAGCAAAAUGAUUAUAAGCGAGCUUAUCAACAACCGGAGCUUUGACACCUUGAGACGUUUGGUCAGCUACUCAAUGCUACAGGAGUCCAAGUCAGUGGCUUGCUUUUUGCUAGCCCAUUCAGAUGUGGAUACGGCUAUUUCCCAGGUGGCUAUCGAUAUGUUGGGCAGAAUUCAGGCACAUGAGAUAAUUAUUGAAGUCAUGUUGGGACAGGGAAAAGUUAUCGAUGCUUUAAGACUGGCUAAGAACUCCAUGGGUCUCGAUAAAGUGCCAGCUCGCAAAUUCCUGGAGGCGGCUCACAAGACAAAAGAUGAUCUCAUCUUUCACAGCGUUUUCAGAUUCUUCCAAAUGAGAAACCUGAAGCUUUAUGAGACUUUGUCUUUUCCAAAGGCUGAACAAUGCACGGAGUUUAUACAGCAUUAUAACAACACUUUUCCUGCUGACAACCCUUCAAGACCACCAAUUUGUUGAAUGAAAUAAUUAAUAUGAGUAAAAUGUGAUUACUGUAAUUCAAAGUGUGCUUGAAAAGUAUGAAUAUACUAUACUUUUGUAUUAAA